AUGUUAUCAUCCCAUCCAUUGGUUGCUGCGGUUGCCAGGCGCUUGACGAAUGCAACUGCCACCCUGAGCCAUCCACACACUGGGAAGUGUCCAACAAGUUUCCCACACAACGAAAAUACGCGCCGCCGGGUCAACACAUCAGGGCUUCCGAAUUUGACUUCCUCGUUUCCAUCGGAGGGUGCCAUUUUCUUCCCAGACCUGCAAGCCAAGAACUCUUGCUCCAUCUCUCAGUCGCACCGGAUCCUUGCACACCAAACCGUAAUCCGAAAAGUGUUGUCUUACACGCGAUGCAGAGGCCAAACUUUCAUUAAUGAAGAUAUCAUCAACAUCCAGAAGCGACACAUUGACUCCCUGCCGCCGCCACGUUCUCAACUUAUGUGCGCACACUUCUGCAUCGGCAGUGAAAGCAUCCACAAAGUCGUUCAAUUCGCGGUAAUCGAGUACCGGACGCACCUUCUGUUUCUGCUCCUGCACGACUGCCAUCAAAGGAAUCAGACCCUUUGGGGGUCCCAGUCUUUCCUGGGCGACCUUGUUGCGAAGCUGAACUGGCGGGUCUUUUUGGGCCCAUUUCCACCUGGCGGUCCACACUCUCUCGUCGGAAUUGAAGGAGACGUCGAAAUCCGGCUCACUAACGCAAAGGGCUGCACACACCUUUCUUCUUUCACCCAGUUCCACAUUUCCGGCUGGCGUGAUCAUCAUGCCUCCUAA